GCAUCUCGUCUACAGCGUGAAUGUGACGUUGCUGCACUGGGUGAAAUGAUGAUGCGUUAUCAGAUUCCGUUCCACACACUUGAGCUGUAUUUGACGCACACGCAUACAUUCUCGAAGGCAAUUGAAUUCAUAUUUCGACAGGGUUCCAUGGAAACGGAACCACAACGAAUCCUUGCCGAUGCUUUGAAGAUAACUGAAUUAGCGAACAAACUACACAAAGGAUUGAUGGAAAGCCACGAAUGCAUUUUUCAUUAUUGCUUUUAUCUAAUCAAAACCAAGGGAGACGAGCAAUGGUUUGUGGAUGUUUUUCAAUGUCUUAAUGAUCUAAGCGAGGCAGACCGAGAUCGAGUGAUCGCGCAUCUUAAAUCCUAUGUGGAAGCGGUUUUAAGUAGUCCUUUUUUGCUGAAAACAGAGAUGGACUGUAAAACUCAACUUCCAAUAAUAGAAGCGGUACUGUACGUCUUGGAGCGUUUUAACAAGCUUGACUACGGCAUUAAUGUUCAACUGUCAUUUUUGGAAGACAGCAACUGGAAAUUGGAAAAACUGAAGGAGUUUGUGCAAGCCCGAUUCGACGACAUAAAUGUUCCACCAAAAAUCACUGAUCUUCACCGAAUUGCAAAUGCUCUAAUGGUUGAAGAAAAUCAGAUGUUUGAAGUAGCAGUGGACUGUGCACUGAAAAGACGAAAUCCAGUGGCCGCGUUGGAAUAUGCGAAGUAA